AUGGAAGCUAAAGGAUUUGAUGUUAUUGGACAUAGAGGAGCUCCUAAUCUAAGACCCGAACAUUCCUAUGAAUCCUAUUUAUUAGCUCAACAGAAUGGAGCUGAUUAUAUUGAAUUUGAUGUGAUGCCAUCCAAGGAUGGUAUUUUGAUGUGUACACAUAGCUUUGAAUUGGAUGAAGUGACAAAUGUGGCAUCGGUAGCAAAAUUUGCAGAUAGAAAAAAGACAAAAACUGUGGAAUUUAAAACUUACACUGGCUGGUUCAUUGAGGAUUUUACAGCUGCUGAAUUGCAAGAAUUACGAUUGAAAGAAAGAUACCCAUUCCAAGAGGAACAAAGUUUGACACUCUCUUUGUGA